GGGUUGGAAGGGUGGGUGGGGUUUGGUAUUUGUAUUUUGAUUUAUUUUACUUAAUUGUUUUUUAAUAUCUUGCGUGAAUGGACAGCACUUUGUUCUCCAUUCAAUGUAUGAAAAGUGCUGUAAAAAUAAAGUUUGAUUGAUUGAUUUUCAGUAUAGUUAAUUGUAGUUGUUGAAGCUUUUGUGAAUGGAGACCCCUGACCUAUGUUUUCUCUGAGGAUGUCAAUAAAGUUGUAUAUGGCACAGAAGCUGAAGAUCUCUGACUCUGAUCUCAAUUCAUGCACCAGUUUACUGCACCAUCAUAGAUCAUUGCACCAACAAACCAGCAGAUGGAGAUGCAAACACAUAAUCACUGUGUUCUCUGUCAUAGCGUCCUGCUUUUCUCUGUACAACUGUGCAAGCCUGUGACCUUAAGAGACAUCCAGUUAUAAUUAUGGCUAUUGUUAAAACUGCUGUUGUUAGUGGUGAUGUUGUUUUCAGUAAUAGUAUAUGGUAAACAGUUGAACUGGAUAUUAUCCAUAGCAACAGCCAGGCCUUUUGGGAGGAUGUGGACAAAAUUGCAGCUAUAAAUCUGAUCUAUUGUGGGCUGACAGUAAACAGAGCACAAUACAUGCUAACAACAGUUACAUGAUCUCCCUAUUUUCGAGGUCAUUUACAUGCAUCAGUCUGCUCAGCACCUUUUAUCACACCACAGUGUUUGUGUUGGGGCAGAGAAAGGUGUGUUUACCUUUCCUCCACUUAUAGAACUCUGACCCUGCACUGAUUUCGCUGCUGAUACCUUAUAUAACCCCCUCUCUCUCCCUCUCUCUCUCUCUCUCUACGCCUACCGUGGACUCUCUCCCAGCACCAACAAGCCGUCUGUUUCUGCCAGCCUGAAGGGUAAGAACCAGAAAGAGUUACGUGCAGAAAUUUUGAGGGAACAUUCAAACUUGUUUUUGUGUUUCUGUUUGCGCCCUGCAGAACUUAAUGCGCUGCAGGAACAGCCAAAAGAAAACACUCGGUUAGUGUCGGUCACGCCCCACACGUAGAAGUUCUCUUACGUGCAUGUUUGGUUACGGAACAGCCUGUUUGGUGAAAUAUUUGCGCUUCACACUGUGCGCCUCUGAAGUCAGAGCUGUUUGUUGCAGACAUAGUCAGCUAUCGCUGCAGAUGUCUGAUAUUUGAAGCUUUUUCGCGAGUCCACAUUGAAGGACUGAAGGGGGUCUCACUUCCUCUUUCUCGCAGCUUAUUUCAUGCCUCUUGUUCCCCACAGAUCCCGAUUUCUUUAGAGUUUGAGGCGCGUUUCCUCACGGACAGACUGAAGGAUGGUUCGUCGUGUGGCGGUGGUCGGAGGGGGCAGCUCGGGUCUGGCCUGUAUCAAGAGCUGUCUGGAUGAGGGGCUGCAGCCUGUCUGCUUCGAGAGCAGCGACGACCUGGGGGGUCUUUGGAGGUUUAAGGUGGGUCACAGUGUGUCUAUGUUUGUGUGUAAAACGGGCAGUGUUGCAGAAAAGGCGUCAUAUUUGUGGCAGGGUUGUUUACUGUCAAUGCUUUGCACAAAUGUUGUUGGAUUAGAAUUCGUUGUAGUUGAUGGAGUAAUGAUGAUAGAAAACAACUGAAAAAAACAAAAUCUGCACUGCAUGACAGCAUUCAGUCCAAAUGACUCUAACAGUUUGUUGCACUUACUCAUGUUGUUUCUUUCUGUCAAGGCCUUUGCUUACUUGCUCUCAACUUUGGACUGAAGUGUAUGCUAAUUGGCAUUUAAACAUUGAUGAAAAAUGAUAGUGGAGGGCUAUGACUGGUGCAAAAUAAAUUCAGAUUGAAAAAACUUUAUCAAACCACAGGGUGUCAGAAUUGUCUGCAUCUUUUGUAAUGCCUUUUUUAUCUCAUGUCUGAGAUUAUUUAUGACCUUGUCUUGAAAACUGAGGCUGAUACCCUCAUCAUUGUACCAUCAUUACUACCGUAUUACAUUUAUUUGCACUAUGGCGUCCAUAUUGCCAUAUUUGCACUAUUGUGUCCACAUCAGGACUGCCAUACUGUCUACAUUCACUUUCUUCCACUCACCUUCUUCCUUAUAUUAUUUAUACUGUUGCCCUGUUUACACUGUUAUGCUGUUUACAUUGUUAUCUUUAUUUUGUGAAUUGAGAAUAUUUAAUGUAGUCUUUUGUUUAGCUUAGUUGUUUAGUCUAUAUUUAUACUUUUAUAGUUCAUUCUUGUAGUUUGUUCUUAUGCACCGUGGGUCUGAGAAGACUGAAAUUUCAUCUGCUCAGAGCUGCACUUCCAUGAGUGUCCACUAGAGACUGUUUGCAAAAGCUCUAAGUGCCACAUACACACUCAUUCCAAAAGUCCAUCAUUGUAGCAGAAAUACAUAUAUUUGCUCCCUGUUUCAAAAACACUUGGUCACUGUUGGUCACGCCCCACCUGUAGAAGUUCUCUCAAGUGCAGGUUUGGUCACGGAAUAGCCUGUUUGGUGAAAUCGAUUAGUCUGAUAGCUUGUAACUUUUAAAAAAAAAAAGACAUUUGCUUUAAAGAUAACAAGGUCAUAAGGUUUGCAUAAUUAGGGGCAUGGCAGUCUUGAGCGACAGGUGAGCACACUGUAGCUGUAAGGGUGGGCUAAAAGCCACAUCAGUUAAGCCUCUACAUCUUAAAGGCGUACCCAAAAAAAUGCUGAGUCAACAUGUCCAAUACGGUGACCACCAUCAAUAGUCUUCUAAACUCCACUUCAGAAACUAAUGAAUCAAGUCACUGAAACGCCACCUGGGCUUUUGUUCAGUUUAUGGUAUAAAAUGUGAUUAUUUUAUUCUCUUUUUAAGUCCGUAUUAUCAGUUUUGAGUAGUUUUUAUUGGUUACUUUGUAAGGGAAUUAAACGAAUACACUUCAUAAAACCCUACACAUGUGAGGCUAUUGUUCCCUGUAACAGAAAGGCAAUACUUGUCAUGAUAAGCCAAUCUGAGGACUUCCCGUAGACAUGAGCCUUUCUUACUGUUGACUGUUUUACAGUUAGUUUCCAUCCAUUUAGCAGUGCUGUUUUAACUUGAAUAAAGCACUCUGCCUGCUUUGUGAUAUGGUAUGCUUAGCUCAUGGCUGUUAGCUUAAACUCAAAGUACUUUAGUGAGGUUUUUAUUCUGUUUGACACAGAGUGUAGAUAACUUUCUGAAGUUAAAUGUCUCAAUUAAAGGUGCAGUGGUUCUAUUUUCCAACAUGGCAGCAGCAAGAAGCAGGGAGACACUGCAGCACUUCACUACGGUGUGCUGAAAGAGACAUAAUAGCAUUCAGUAAAACAAGAUUAAACGUGCAUUUAGGUUUAUGGCGACUGAUGUGUUUACAUUGACAGCCCCAGUAAAAACACAAUAUUGCACACUGCACAUUCCUUAAUAUUGCACCUGUGGAUUGCACCGUUUUUGCAUAUUUACUGGUAGUACUAGUAAAAUGCAUGGUACAGAAAGAAUCCAAAGCAAUGCAUCUUUAAACAGCACAGUGUGUUUGAGAGUGUUUGCACAUUAUGAUGAUGUUGGUGUUUUGAUGUUGUCUCUGCAGGAGAAUCCAGAGCCGGACAGGGCCAGCAUCUACCACUCUGUCAUCAUCAACACCUCCAAGGAGAUGAUGUGUUUCAGUGACUUUCCCAUCCCAGCACACUACCCCAACUAUAUGCACAACUCGCUCGUCAUGGACUACUUCAGGAUGUAUGCUGACCACUUCCAGCUCACCAAACACAUCCGCUUCAACGUGAGUGUGUUGCAUUUAUUACCUGCAAUCCAUCCCUUUGAAAACCUCAAUCAGGCCCCUUAAGAGGAGUUUUCCUUAAAAAUCGGAAAUUUUUAAGGAAAAAUAAGAGCUGUUUUCUCCCCCAUUGCUGGUGUUACAGUACAGAUUUACAGUUAGGAGUUGAUUACUGCUAUUUAAUGGUAAAGAUGAUUUAUACUGGAAAUAAUAUGACCAGUCCACGAGAAAGCGAGAGAAAUGACAGUUUCCUAAUACUUACAUUUUAUAAGUGUUUGUGUUAGAAAAGUCAGCCUGUAAUUUCCUCUGAGUGAAAGCAGAGUCUGGGCCCCACAUAGGACAUGAGGUUUUUUGGCAGCUUAAUUAAAAAGCUUCCACUUUCCCUUUUAAUUCAUGUUUUUUAAAAGUUGUAAGACAAUCGUAAUUUUUCUCAGCAGCUGUUUUUAGACACAGUUAUGGAUUAAUGUUGUUAGAGAUUUAACCUACAAUUUGCUCUUAAAAGAGGGUGGAUUCAGGAGACUCAAGUGGAUAGAGAAGUGAAAUAAAGAAAUGUAUUUCUUAGAAAAGUUUCUUCUCCUCCAAAAUAAAAAGGCUGCAAAGUUUUAACUCUUAAAUUUCUACUCUUUCUAAUCCAAGAGAAAAAAGCAGAUGUCUAGCUGAUCUUCACUUUACCUUUUUAGAGCCAGCACAGUAAAAGGUAAACUGCCCAUAUGUGGACGACAGACCCUGACUAUUGUGUGUUUUCUCUGUUCAGACGAGGGUGUUGCAGAUAAAGCAGAGGUCAGAUUUCUCUCAGUCGGGUCAGUGGGACGUUGAGACAGAGAACAAGGAAGGCAAAAAGGAGAAACACAUUUUUGAUGCAGUGAUGAUUAGUAUCGGACAUCACUGCCACCCCAAUCUGCCCAUACAAGAUUUCCCAGGUGAGAAACACCCGCAGACUUCUGUAAACACACACCAAAUCAACCUUUGAUACUGUUUGAUCGAGCAUGUAAUGAGCAGCAUGGUUAUAUAAUCUUGUGCCAACAGAAAGCUGCUCUAUGGAAACAGAUCAAUGUUGGGAUCAAUAACUUUGAUUUCUAAAGGUUUUUAAAUAAGAAAAGGAAAAUCAAAGACUUUUCAAAAGAGCAGUCACAAGUUUUACUUUUAUUCUCUGCAGGCAUUGACACCUUCACAGGCAAGUACUUCCACAGCAGAGACUACAAGACCCCUGAGGAGUGGAGAGACAAAAAGGUGGUGGUGAUCGGGAUCGGAAACUCUGGAGGAGACAUUGCUGUGGAGCUUAGCAGAGUCACCAAACAGGUGUGAAGGAGAAAACGACAGACAGAAAGCUUAUGUUCAAGGAAAAAAAGACAAGGAUUGAAGUGGUAAUAUUUUGCCCAGAUAUUGACAAUAUUUUGGCACCAACUUGUUUACUAUAUGGAAAGUUUUGACAGAGAGUAGACUAAUCGCAAUUGUCAAAUUAAAUUGAGACCCAUCAGACUCAUUAGUGGAAGAAGAAAGCUAAAUAUGUGAGCUAAAACAAAAAAAUCUGAAUAUUAUAAUAAGGGAGAUAAUAUGUGAGAGUUCAAGUGAGAAAAUGAACACUGUUAAUAAAACAUGGAGAACAAAAGAUGAAAUCAAGAAAACCAAAGAAAGCUGGCUUAUAAUAUAACCUCAGCAAAUAAGAAAAAGACCAUCCCAAUUGCAUUCCUCAAAUCAUCCCAAAUCAACAGGCACCCUGCAGAACUUGAUGCACAAACUAAAAACAGUCUGCAGCUCUUGGAGAUGGAUUGUCAUCUGUUGCACAGAUGGAGCAAGCAUCCUUUACACAACCCUUUGGCGCAGUCAGGACCAUUCUGAUCCUGAGAAACUCUGCAAAGUCCUGCAGAUGGAAAAAAGCUUCUGAAAAACAUUCUGGCCCUGAUGUAGCAGUGCUAAAUCUUAAAACUCAGUCUUUAAACACCAACAACUCCAUUAGUAUCAGUUUCAGUUUUUUUUCAGUUUGUCCUAAUGCCCACACCUGAACCAAAAUCACACUGGAUUAAAGCAAACAGCUGGUCUUGCUUCCCAUAGUAGCUUUAAUGAGAGCUUCUGGUGUUUUUUUAUUUAUGUAUUUUUUUAUAUAAACUAAUACCCCAUCAAUCAUCAAAUAAUUCUAAUAUAUCAUAUACAGACACAAUACACUCUGAUACACUCCAGUCAGUCAAGAUACAAAUUAUUUUCAAGUUUUAUCAUCAGAACUUCAAGACAAGUAUCCAACAAACAGACUGAGACAAAGAAGAGGAGGAGAGUAAGAUUUAGUAUCUGACUUUAAUUGAUAACUUAAACAUUAACACCAGGAUUAAAAAAUAUAAUAGAAAGAACAAGAGGAAGAAGAUUCUGUUGAAGAGUGAAGAUGAAAUUAAAAAAGAAAUCAAAAACAUGACAAAAUGACAUUUUCACUCCUCUAAAGUUAGUUUAUCCUCUCACCUGGCACAAGUAUUCUGAAGGCUCAUCUUUCAAAUGUCAAAGCUGCUUUUUUCCUUUUCCAUCACUCUAGCUUAGAUGCUCCUUGAAAAAAAAAACCUGCUGACUCCAAAGUUAGAUUUCUUACCACUAAAUCACUGUCUGAUAUCUUUUCUCCACCCAGUUGUGCCUGAGCACUCGGCGAGGGGCCUGGAUCCUGAACCGAGUCGGAGAUAAUGGUUUACCUCUAGACCUGAGCUUUAACAGAGUGCUGAACAUGCUGAGGUCUAUCUUGCCCUUUAAUGUGUUCUGUGGAAUUGGGGAGGGACGGCUCAACAACAGAUUCGACCAUGGUCUCUACAACCUGAAGCCAAAGCACAGGUACUGGAUGAUUUCUCAUAGUUACCAUCAGUUCUAAUCAAAACAAGUGGUCCAGAGAGGAUAGAUUUAUAUCAGUUUGCUGCACAAGGCACUGUUUGACCCCAAUGCAAAUUAAAAUGUGUGUUUGUGUGUGUCAGGCUUUUCAGCCAACAUCCCACACUGAAUGACGAGCUACCAAACCGCAUCCUGUCUGGAACCGUCCAGGUGAAACCCAACAUUCGCAGGUUUCAGGGCUCCAACAUAGAGUUUGAUGAUGGGAGCGUGAUGGAGGACGUGGACCUGGUGGUAGGUUAAAGUGCAAACACACAAAAAAACACACACACUCAUACAGAGCAGUGUGUGACAGAGCGUCCUGUCCUGCAGGUGUUUGCCACAGGUUACAGGUUCUCCUUCCCGUUCCUGUCCUCUCAAGUAACAACAGUGUCUGACAACAAAGCAUCUCUGUACAAGUACGUGUUCCCUCCUGAGCUGCAGCGCCCCACCCUGGCCAUCAUUGGUCUAGUGCAGCCGCUGGGAGCCAUCAUGCCCGUCUCGGAGAUGCAGGCCAGGUGGUCCACCCGAGUCUUCAAAGGUAAUACAUGCUUUUCACUGAAGACUCUUCUGUGUUUUUAGAGAUCAGUCCUCACUGUCUUCUUCUCCUCUUCCAGGCUGCAGCAAACUUCCUUCGAUGGACAACAUGUUGAAGGACAUCCAGAACAAGGAAGAGACCAUGGCUAAAAGGUACAGCAGAGACUUCUUCAGCUUGGCAAAAUGAUCAUAUACUGCAAACUAAAUUAGAUCUGUUUGUGGUAGUCCCAGUGUCAUUGUAAAAUGUUAGUUUCCCAGGAGCCAGAAUGUGCUUUUCUAUACAUCCCUUUGUGAUAAAGAGUUUUGUGGAAAAAAGUUAAUUACAAAAAGCCUUCAAUUUAACUUACCCUAUGUCUGUUUUUGCCCAGUUUCAGUUUCACUACAAUUAGUGGGUCAAGCUGAGGUUUGUUUGUGGACAGUCUCAGUUUUACUUUAAUGAUACUAAGACUUAGCAGUAAGUCUUAGUAUCAUUGUAAAAAGUAUGUCUAACAGACGCUUCUUUAAAGUUCACUGUAAAUUAGUGUAUGGUAAGUCUCAGUUUUACUGGAAAUAGUAAGUUAUGCAAUAGCUUUGCAAUGGCUUCCUGUACACCUAGUUGGGAUGAGUCUUAGAUUCACUGUUUAAAAUUAGUGACAGGCUUAAAGAUCAUCAGUUUUCGGUGGGUCUCAGUUUUACCAAAGAUAGAAGGUUAUACAGAGUUUCUGCUCAAACUUACUGUUCAUCUGUUUUUAGUGGGUCAUGGUUCCACUGUUCAUUGCAAAUUACACAGAGGUUUCACUUUGGCUUUCUGUUAAGGUGUCAAUGACGAGUCUCAGCUCCACUGUAAUAAGUAGGUUUAACCAGUUUGUGUUGUAUCUUAGUUUUACUGUAAAUAGUGAGUUUCACACAGUCUGUGGUUGGAUUGAGUCUUCAUCUGUUUCUGCUGAGUUUCAUUGUAAAUAAUUGUAAAUAGCAAGUUAUGCAGUGGCUUCACUCUGGUUUACUCAUCAUUAGAUUUUGGUGAGUCUCAAUUUCACUGUUAAUGAUGAGGUACACAGAGGCUUCAUUGUAGUUUACAUUGAUAGUAUGAACACAGCUCUCUCAGCUUUUAUUGAUCUUGGAUGUUAACUUGUUAUGUAUUUAUCAGAUACGUGAGCAGUCAGAGACACACCAUCCAGGUGGACUACGUCAGCUACAUGGAUGAGAUCGCAGAGUUGGUGGGGGUCCGACCUAGCAUCCCAAGGCUGCUGCUGACUGAUCCUAAGAUAGGAUUGAAUGUGCUGCUGGGUCCCUGCACGCCAUAUCAGUAUCGCCUCCGAGGGCCAGGGAAGUGGGCAGGGGCCCGUCAGGCCAUCCUAUCUCAGUGGGAGAGAGUGGCUCGACCCAUGCAAACGCGACCCUGCCAGGAACCAGAACCCAGCAGAUCUUUUCUGGGGCCCAUCGUGGUGGCUGCUACUGUGGGCGUGGCUGCCUACUUCAACAGAGACAGACUUCCUGCCCUUUUACAAGAUCCCACUGAGUUGUGGAACCACAUAAAAGCCCAUCUACCUGCUCUGUGAACAUCUUCAUACUAGUCUAUCGCUGUCCUGGUGUACCUAACCUGGGAUCAUCGCUUUACAUUAAUGACAUUAAUGAGAAUAUUGUAUCUAAUCUUCAGAUAUCUUAUCAGCGCUCUCAGUGAAUGUCUUUUGUCCUCAUUUUAAACUCAAUGGAUCAAAUUCUUUGAACUCUCUCAGUAUAAUUAUUAUUUUUUUUAAGUCAGGGUUUAAUUAUGGAGUUUAUUGGCAUGACCUGUAGUGUUAAUGCUUCAUUAAAUUAUGAUAAAACUAUCCUUCGUAAGUUAGAAAAUUUGGGCUUGUAGUGUCUAAAAUGCUUUCAUUUUAAAAAAAAUCACCAGAUAUAAGAGUAAAAAGUAUUUUGAACUAAAUCUGAUCAGGAAAAUAAUUGAGCUUUUUAAAGGAUUUGAUUGUAUCAGUGUUGUCAGUAUUAAUUUCUAAAUUGAGUUUGUUGGGUAAAUUUCAGUAGUUAAACAUGAUAAAUCACCUUUUUUAAUGCUUACUUGGAAUUUCAGUAUUUUGCAUUUCGAAACAACUUUUUAAGUCAAUUUUUACAAUUUCAAGAAAUUCUCACAGACGCAGGUAAAUUUGUUCAGUCACUGUGGUUCAUGGAUCCCAGAUUAAUGCUGCAGCAUUUACACUUUUCAGGAGUUUCACCUCAGUUGCCUUCUCUGUUUCAUAAGUACUGUAACUUGUAAGCUAUGCCAGAAAUGAUUGACUCAAGUCCACCUGUCUUUGAGUCUUUCUAAAAGCUGACCGACCUACACUCAGUUUCCACUUAUUCAGCUAACCUCUCUGAUUGAACAGCACUGUGAUCAUCAUAUACUCCUAAAUAGCACCCUGUUAGCUUGUGUGAUGCAGGUGCUCAGUGACAUCAGUCUGACAAGCUGCACCUGUAUGCUUAGCUCGUAGCUGUUAGUCCAAACUCAACGCAUCAGGGUAGAUAUUUUGAUUCUGUUUGACACAAGGUGCUGAUUACUUUGACCUUUUAACUGACUCCUCCAAAGGGGAUGUUGUUUUCCUUCAUGGUAGCAAGGGCAUGAAUACAGUGUGACAAAAGGGACUAUUUACUUGUGCUUGAAAAAAUGUAAGGUUAAUUCCAGAUCUUGACUGCAUCUCUCCAACAGUGAUGGUCCUUAUAUUCACUAGAUUUUUUGGUGAAAACAACAUACAUGAGAUCCUUUUGACAGUAUUUUGAGAAGGUCUAUCAUUUCCAUUAUAAUGCUGUGUAAAUGGGCAUUUGUGUAAUAAAGCAAUGGCCCAGAGGGUCAACAGCACAAGCAUUUUAUGACCAAAAAAACAUUUCACCAUACACAUAAUAUGCAUAAUACAGCCUGUAAUUCUAUGUUCAUCCAGCUGCAUCUUUGAAUAUGUUCUAAUAUUUUAUGCUGCAUGUUUAUUUGUUAAAAUCUAAAUAUGUAACAAAGACUAAAUGUAAUCUGUACAAUCAGUAAAGAGUUUUUUUUUAAAGCUUUCACGCUUUCAAAAAGCUUUCAAUGCUUUCAAAAACUGUGAUUGAGGUUGGUGAUGGCUUAAGUUUGAGAUGAAAAGAGGUCACUCUGCAUUUCUUUUAUGCUAUAUCACCUGUUUAAAAUGCCAUGUUCAUUACAUGCUUUAUCAUUAAUUCAUUAAUUAAUGCACAAGGUCAGUUAAUUUGCACAAAUGUUUUUGCUUCCUACAAAACCAGAUAAAAUACAUCUCUGCAUGAACAUGUAUGACAGCUUACUCAUAAUAUUAACAAUUACAAGCAGCUAAUGCUCCAGAUAUCACAGCAACCUUUUUAUCACAACCAUAUUAAUCUGUUUUAUGUGUCUUAACAAUACCUUCUUUUAAAAGUGAAGGAUUCAUAACCAUGAUAUUAAAUCAUGUUUUUUGUCAGAACACUACACAUAAAAUAAUCUGUUUCUCUUCACCUACGAGCCAAACGGUCUGAUAAAUAUCACUGUGAAUAUUUCUGAAAAGUCAGUUUAACCACACAGUACCUGUUUGCAUUUCACAGAUUACUUUGUGUUCUCUGGUCAAACAGACCAUGAGAUGUAUGACAGUUCAAAAGUCAGCGGUUGUGGAUUCAUUUAACCAAUAAAGUCAAGUUAAAGUUCA